UGGUCGCCAUAAUAAACGCUCUCGCACACGGGAGCAGAAACGUGUGCCGUUAAAAAGGCAGCUGCGUUCACACGUACCUACAGUCGUAUUGACAGAAAUACUGACAGCGGGCGUUCGCGGGUAGCUUUUUAAAAUCCCCCGUAGUGGACUGUAAGGGCGAGAGGGGGAACAGCGGGACAGCGAGGUUGCAUUCGCUAAUAACCUUUCUGACGGCUCGGUGCGCACCGCUACCCCGCCGCUGUGCUCGCCGUGCUGUCGCACACUUGGCCGGGUUCCAGAGCAGCCUUCGCGGCCUUGAAUCGGUCACCUGUUGCCUCUUGCGCGGAGCCCCCGGAGAGCGUGUGCGGAGGAAGCGGCAGCUGGGCCGGCCGCUGGAGUGUGACGCUCCGGGGUCAAUCAGCGGCUGCAGCGCGGGCCCGCCAUGGCUGCCGCCGCGUCCGCCGGCGUCGACUCGAAGGCCGAGCUGUCGGCUCUGCUGGAGCAGUGGGAGCGGGACCGGCAGGGCGGCACCGCCGAGCUGGUGUCCAUCCUCACCAAAAUCUCAGAGCUGAUCGAGCGUGAAACUGAGGAAUAUCACAAAGUGGACCCUGACCCUUUCGAUGACCGCCACCCAGGAAGAGCCGACCCAGAGUGCAUGCUGGGACACCUCCUCAAAAUCCUCUUUAAGAACGAUGACUUCAUGAAUGCGCUGGUGAACACCUACGUGAUGACGAGCAGAGAGCUGUCCCUCAACACGGCCGCCUGCCGCCUGCUGCAGGAUAUCAUGCCAGGCCUGGAGACCGCCGUCGUCUUCCAGGAGAAGGAAGGCAUUGUGGAGAAGCUCUUUAAGUGGGCGCAGGAGGCUGAGCAGCCCCUCCGGAUCUACGCCACGGGCCUGCUGGCUGGAGCCAUGGAGAACCAGGACAUUGCUGCCAACUACCGCGAGGAGAACUCCCUGCUGGUGCCGCUGAUGCUGCAUCGUCUGCGUGAGCUGCAGGAGAAGGAGGCGGAGCGGGGGGCGGAAUUUAAGCGGCCGAGUCCAAGGAAGGCGGAGCCACUGCUGCCGCUGGACGAGGAGGCGGUGGACGGUGACUUCCAGGAUGUGGCCACGCCCCUCGAGAACAACGGGGUGGAGCCGGGGGAGGGGCUGGACGGGGAGGAGGACCAAUUGGGGCCUCCGUCAGAGAGUGGGCUGGUCUUCCAGCUCGGCUCUGCCCACCGGACCAGCAGCUGUGCCACCUCUGCCGGGAAGCUGCCGGGAAAAGCCGGAGCGGAGGAGGGCCCGGAGCUGGAGCUGGACGAGCCCCACGGGCCCCGGGACGGGCCUCGGGGUGGGGCCAGCCGGGUCAGGAAGCGGGUGGAGGGGGGGGGCGGGCGCAAAGCCAAACAGAAGCUGAGCUUCUCCCUGCCGGAGCCUCCAGAGAGGAGUCUGAGUGAGCUGUCCAACAGCAGCUGGUCAGAGAUGAGUCCCUGGGUGAUCGGAACCAACUACCACCUGUACCCCCUGACCCCUGCCAUCGAGCAGCGUCUCAUCCUGCAGUAUCUCACCCCGCUGGGGGAGUACCAGGAGCUGCUGGCCGUGUUCAUGCAGCUGGGAGCUCGUGAGCUGCUCAUGUAUUACAUCGACCUGAAGCAGACCAGUGACGUGCAGCUCACCUUCGAGGCGCUCAAGUACCUGGCCUCGCUGCUCCUGCAUAAGAAGUUUGCGGCGGAAUUCGUGGCGCAUGGCGGCGUGCAGAAGCUGCUGGAGAUUCCGCGGCCCUCCAUGGCCGCCACUGGCGUGUCCCUCUGCCUGUACUACCUGGCCUACAACCAGGACGCCAUGGAGAGGGUGUGUAUGCUGCCCGCCUCCAUCUUGUCGGACGUGGUGAGCUACACGCUCUGGCUGCUGGAGUGCUCUCACGCCUCGGGCUGCUGCCACGCCACCAUGUUCUUCUCCAUCUCCUUCGCCUUCCGUGCCGUGCUGGAGCUCUUCGACCGGCAGGACGGGCUGCGCCGCCUCGUUAACCUGAUCAGCACGCUGGAGAUCCUGAACCCUGAGGACCAGGGGGCGCUACUAAGCGAUGACGAGAUCUUCUCCAGCCGGCAGACAGCCAAGCACACCUGCAUGGCCCUGCGCAGAUACUUUGAGGCUCACCUGGCCAUAAAGGUGGAGCAGGUGAAGCAGUCCCUGCAGCGCACAGAGGGGGGCGCUCUGAUCCACUCGCAGCCCUAUUACAAGGCGUGCUCCUACACGCACGAGCAGGUGGUGGAGAUGAUGGAGUUUCUGAUCGAGCACGGCCCCGCCCGGCUGUACUGGGAGCCAGCAGAGGUCUUCCACAAGAUGUCCUGCGUGCAGCUGCUCCUGCAGCUCAUCUCCAUCGCCUGCGACUGGAGGACCUACUACGGCAGGAGUGAUACAGUGCGUUACGCGCUGGACAUUCUGGCCAUUCUCACCGUGGUGCCGAAGACGCAGCUGCUGCUGGCUGAGGCUGUGGACGUUUUGGAUGAGGGGGGGUCCACUGUGUCUGCCGUGGGGAUGAGCAUUGUGCUGGUGGUGGCCGAGGGCGAGGUGUUCGUCAACGACGCCGAGAUCCAGAAAUCUGCGCUGCAGGUGGUGAUUAACUGCGUCUGCGCUCCAGACAAACGCGUGUCCAGCAUCGGCAAGUUCAUCUCGGGCACGCCACGCCGGCGCCUCCCGCAGGCCACCAAGAGCAGCGAGAGCGUGCUGGCCAAGAUGUGGAACGUGGUGCAGUCCAACAACGGCAUCAAGGUGCUGCUGUCGCUGCUGACGGUGAAGAUGCCCAUCACGGACGCGGACCAGAUCCGCGCGCUGGCCUGCAAGGCGCUGGUGGGGCUGUCCCGCAGCGGUGCUGUGAGGCAGAUCAUCAGCAAGCUGCCGCUCUUCAGCAGCGGCCACAUCCAGCAGCUGAUGAAGGAGCCGGUGCUGCAGGACAAGCGCAACGAGCAUGUGCGCUUCUGCAAGUUUGCGGCGGAGCUGAUGGAGCGCGUGUCGGGGAAGCCGCUGCUCGUGGGCACCGACGUGUCGCUGGCGCGGCUGCAGCGCGCCAACGUGGUGGCGCAGUCCCGCAUCUCCUUCCCCGAGAAGGAGCUGCUGCUGCUCAUUCGCAACCACCUGCUUUCCAAGGGCCUUCAGGACACGGCCAACGCCCUUACCAAGGAGGCCGACUUGCCCAUGGCCCUGCUGCCGCACCCCCACCCCCACCACUCCUCCGCUUUCACCCCCGCGGCCCCGCCCACCACGCCGGUGUCCUCCCUCCCCCGAACCCCGCGGUUAGCCAAUGGGGUGGCGGUGCGGCUGGGGAGCCACGCCUCCCACUCCGUCGCCGCUUCCUCCGUGCACGCCCAGCCCCGCCCCUCCACCUCCCAGCCCCCGGCCCCGCCCCCCGCGGCCCCACCCUCAGCCCCGCCCCACCACAGCAACGGCUCGCCCCUGAUUGGCCGCAUCGUGUUCUCGCGGGAGCGGCCGUCGCCCUGCAGCGGCAGGAAGCCGCGGGUUUUGCGGCAGAAGUCUGACCAUGGCGCCUUCAGCCAGAGUCCCGCCAUGAAGAAGCAGCUGGACCGGCACCUGCCUUCGCCGCCCGCGCUCGACAGCAUCAUCACCGAGUACCUGCGUGAGCAGCACGCCCGCUGCAAGAACCCCGUCACCACCUGCCCCCCCUUCUCCCUCUUCACCCCCCACCAGUGUCCCGAGCCCAAGCAGCGGCGCCAGGCCCCCACCAACUUCGCCCCGCGCCACGCCCGCCGUGUCGUCUACCCUAAAUACGGGGGCGUGGACGGAGGCUGCUUCGACAGACACCUCAUUUUCAGCAGGUUCCGGCCGAUCUCGCUGUUCCGCGAGGCGGAGGAGGAUGAGAGCGGCUUCAUGUGCUGUGCAUUCUCCGCCCGCGAGCGCUUCCUCAUGCUGGGCACCUGCACCGGCCAGCUCAAGCUCUACAACGUGUUCACCGGCCAGGAGGAGGCCAGCUACAGCUGCCACAGCUCCGCCAUCACACACCUCGAGCCCUCCCGGGAUGGCUCUUUGCUGCUGACCUCUGCGUCCUGGAGCUAUCCUCUGUCUGCUCUCUGGGGCAUGAAGUCUGUCUUUAUCAUGAAGCAUUCCUUUUUAGAUGAUCACUAUGUGGAGUUCAGCAAACUGUCUCAGGACCGGGUGAUUGGGACCAAGGAACACGUGGCCCAUAUCUAUGACAUCCAAACAGGCCAGAAGACUCUGACCCUGAACAACCCAGACCUGGCAAACAACUACAAGAGGAACUGUGCAACCUUUAACCCCACGGACGACCUGGUCCUGAACGACGGCGUUCUGUGGGAUGUGCGUUCGGCGCAGGCCAUACACAAGUUCGAUAAGUUCAACAUGAACAUCAGCGGCGUCUUCCACCCCAACGGCCUGGAGGUGAUCAUCAACACAGAGAUCUGGGACCUACGGACGUUCCACCUGCUCCACACCGUGCCUGCCCUGGAUCAGUGCAGGAUUGUCUUCAACAACAAUGGCACAGUCAUCUAUGGAGCGAUGCUGCAGGCGGACGAUGAGGACGACAUGAUGGACCAGCAGAUGAAGAGCCCCUUCGGCUCCUCCUUCAGGACCUUCGAUGCCACUGACUACAAACCCAUCGCUACAAUUGACGUGAAAAGGAACAUCUUUGACCUCUGCACAGACACCAAAGAUUGUUACCUGGCAGUAAUUGAGAACCAGGACUCGAUCAACAUGGACACUGUGUGCCGGCUAUAUGAGGUGGGCCGGCAGCGACUCGCAGAGGAAGAGGAAGAUGAGGAAGAUCAGGAGGACGAGGACCAGGAUGACGAUGACGACGAUGACGACGACUCGGACGAGGACCUGGACGACAUCGACACUGACCCCCUGCUGGCGGAGCUGGAGAAUGACAAUGCGGGUGAGGAGGAGGAGGAGGAGGAAGAGGAGGAGGACGGCGAGCACGACUUCACGCCCUCGGACGACGAGGAGGUGGCGCGUCUGCUGGAGGAGGACGGAGAGGAAGAGGACGACGACGAUGAUGACGAUUCCGAUGAGAAUGAAGAAGACGUGGAGCUGGUGCUGGACAACACAGACAGCUCUGAUAACUCUGACCUGGAAGAUGACAUCAUUCUGUCUCUGAAUGAGUGAGGAGGGGCAAAGCCGUUGGGGCGAGUGAAACCGGGACAGCAGCGGAGAGCACCCUGCCGCCACCGCUCAUAACGGGACAGGAAAUGACACAAGCGCACAGACACAGGAAGGAGGGAGGCGCAGUUUGAAGAGGACAGCUUUGGGUUGGUCUCAUAUGUGGGGCAAGGUGUCUUCAGGCACACACUUUCCUGGAAGAAGGAGAAAGAGUGAGGAAGAUCACUCAGACACCUGUACCCCACACUCACACUCACACACAAACACGCACACCCACUCACACACACACACACACACACACA